GUUUCUUACUCUUGGAUUUUGACCAAGAUGGUUGCAGUGUAGGGGGAGUGUACCCUAGUAGCUGGGCGUGUCUACCGCUCUACUGUGAUAUAAAGGGACCUAGUUGUGUAGGCAGUCAUCUUCAGAUAAUUUCUUGUAUAUUUAAUACAGGCCAAUCGGAAAGGAGCAAAAUGAGUCUGACAGCAAAGGACAAAUCUGUGGUCAAGGCCUUCUGGGGCAAGAUUAGUGGAAAGGCAGAUGUCGUCGGUGCUGAGGCUUUGGGGAGGAUGCUGACUGCUUACCCCCAGACUAAGACCUACUUCUCCCACUGGGCUGACCUGAGCCCCGGCUCUGGGCCAGUCAAGAAGCAUGGAGGCAUCAUCAUGGGUGCAAUUGGUAAAGCAGUCGGACUGAUGGACGACCUCGUGGGGGGAAUGAGUGCUCUCAGCGAUCUGCACGCCUUCAACCUGCGCGUUGACCCUGGAAACUUCAAGAUCCUGUCCCACAACAUCCUUGUGACCCUGGCCAUUCACUUCCCUUCUGAUUUCACUCCCGAAGUGCACAUUGCUGUGGAUAAAUUCCUUGCAGCCGUGUCCGCUGCCCUGGCUGACAAAUACAGAUAAGACCACCAUGAAAGUCCAUCAUUGGACUCCAGUUCCUGCUCUGUUGUUAUUACAAUAAAAUAAACAGGCAAUGAAUGAUGU